GGAGAAGGCUUGGUCCCUUGCCGUUAGUCCCCCACCCCCCACUGGCUCCUGGGCCAUGCCAGGAGAGUAAUAAGGUGGAAGACAGCAGCCCUGCCUGAUGCCACAGCCAAUGGGAGGCAUGGAGGGGCACCUCUGCAUCCAGGUCUCAGUCCUCAUUCAUUCAACAAAUAUUUAUCCCUGGGCCUGGCAGGCUGCCUCUGGGGUUGCAGUGCCCCCCACGGUAGGGAGGGGGCCUGGACCUGAUACUCUGUCCUCCUCUUCAAGUGGCAAAGCUCAUUUACUCUUUGGUGAUGCAGAGCCAAGGAUUUUACAAGUAGGAAGCCGAGGCUCUGAAAAGUUCAAUUAUUGAUAUUUGCCCUUGGUCCCAGGACCAGAACUGGGCCCCGCAGUGUCCCCCUCUCCUGUGGGGUCAGCCUUACACCUGGGCGCUCAGGGCAGGGACCUCAGGACCUCAGCCUUGCACACAGCUGAAAGUCAUCCCGUACCCAGCCCUCAUGCAGAGAGGUGCCUUGAAAUCUUGCCCGUACUCCCCCUGAAAGGCAUGAGGGGACUUAUCCGUUUCUGCCGCUUCUUGUGUUUCUAUCAGAGUCUUAAUGACAGCGGUCAUCCUCCUCUUAAAUUGGUGGCGGGGUGCUGAUGCCCUGAUCCCUAGGGCCCUGGGGCCUGGGUGCCUUGAACUGGUUACCCAGCCUGGGAUCUGUAGGUACUGAAUUGUGUGGCAUGAAUCUUCAAGGAUUCCCAGCGCCAUGUGCUAGACCAGAGUAAAGGGUAUGGAGAAUCGCCCUCCGCCCUCCCCUGCCCUGGCUGGGGCCCCAGGGCAGCCCAUCCUUCCCUGCCCUCUACCCUGGGGCUCUGCUUCUCUCUGUGGUUCUCAGACUGACUGACUCCUACCUGGAAGGCAGACUGGCCCAGCUGUUGCCCUGCUCACCUUGAGCUCUCCUAACAGCCCUAGGAAGUCAGCAAGGUGAACUUCCACUUUUCAGAGGGGAAAGUCAAGGCACAGCUGGGCCACCCCCCACCCUCCAGCUGGGCUCUGAUGGGGCCAACAUCUUGCUUUGGAGCUCCUCACUGGACGAGUCCGGCCGUAUCACCCUCCCGUCACCACCGGAGGCAGGGCCUCUGGGCUGGGGCAGCUUAUCGGGCGGUAUCUUUUCUCCCCUUGUCCCCUGCUUGCUAUGCACCUUCCGCUCCGCCUCAGCCAUCCUUUGUCACUCUCUGCCUCCCCCACCCCUCCAACCUCUAGUUAUCCAGGCUGCCUCUGUCUCCCUGGGCCGGCCCACCCGUCUCCCCUUCUCCCGCAGCAGGGCCUCACACAGCAGGCUCUGUGGCCUGGGUGGGCAAGGGCAGGGCAGCAGGCUGUUUGAUAAGAAUCAGGAGAUAAGGCCCUUUGGGCUAGGGACACCUGAACCGCCCCUCAUCUUCCACCCGCCUGGGGGGCUACUCCCUGGGAAAGCCCUCCGGUCCAGCUCCUCCAGAGCAGCCCUAAACCUUGGCUCCUCACCUAGACCAGGACCUGCAGACCAGCGACUCCUGGGCCCUCCCUCACCAGGCCUGACCCACACCCUGGCCCAAGGGUGAGGAGCCCCACGGCAGUCUGUGUGGACCCACCACAUGGCGUCCCAUGCAGGGUGAGGAGUGAAUCACAGGAGAGUCCACGUGAACUGGCCCCCUGAGGGCCCAUCUGGACUCCAAUGGGAGGAGACUGAGAUCCAGGGUUGUCCGGGAACCCGCCACCUUCGGCCGUAGCCUGCGCCCCUCCUCCCUACCUCCUCCCUGGCUUUUCCCAGGCACCGCCUUACAGCCAGCCAGUUUCGUCCAUCUGUCCAUCCAUCGGUCCACCACAUGCUCACUCUGUGGCAGGGUACCUGGUGGGAGGGGCCCAUCCACAGCCCUAGAGGGGCUCGCAUAAGGGAGCCCCUCGCUUUGCCCUUGUGGAAUUCAGUAGAGCAGAAAACGGACUCUGGAAGCAGUGACACAAUGCCUGAUGGGGCUGCUGAUGCCUCAAGCGUGGCUCUGGCCAGGACCAGGCACCUCGGGCCCCCCACUGCAGGAAUCAUGAGGGCAGCGGUCCUGUGUCUGAGCCCCCGGCAGCCCGGAAGUGCUCAUCUUAAAGGAACACACUGCGGCUGCCUGCAUGCUAUGGCCCAGGGAACCCAGGAAGCCCGUCUUGAGUCUUAGGUGGGGUCCAAGGAAGCCCCUAGACACCCCAGUCCUGGGCAAGGGAGUAUGCCUGUGCCAGGGACCACCUUAAGCAUACGCCUGGCACUUCUGGCUCCUGGCAAGGCUGGAACCUGGCCCAGAGCCACCUCAAUAACCACAUCCCUGGGGACUAAGUGAUGAUGGAUGGUCCCGGCACCCUACCCGGGCCUGCCAAACUGACUUUCCCAGGGGCUAAGAAUAGUGGGAAGGAUAGCAAGGGCUGAAAGAGGAGGUGGGCAGUUAGGGAGGCUGCUUCCCCUCCUGACAUCUUUGGUACCAGGCAGGACUGUGAUCACUUAGCUAGCAUGGAGGGGAGGGGCUCUGGGGCCGGCCCAGCCUCCAGACAGACAGUCACGGGCCGUGAGAAAGCAGCUCCCCUUGGGUGAUGGCGCCAAACCCCCAGGCACGGGGCCAGACCCCAACCCCCAAGUGGCAGAGUGGCCACUUUUUGCAUCACUUCCCUCCCAGCUCCCACUCCAUCAGUAGGAUUUGGAGACUCCGAGGGAGGGGUGGUUUUAGGCAAGCAGGACACCCUGCUGAUCACGAGAGAAACCAGCUGCGCCUCUUCACACCAGAGCCUGCCCCCCACCGCACAGACCCUGCUGCUCUGAUGCUCGCAACCCCAGAGGAGCGUGCACCCGUGAGGACCUCUUUGUCCCAGCUGUGCAACCCCAGCCAGAUGUGGGGGGCAGCUGCCCAGAGGCAUGCCCCCCAUCCAGCCACGCUACCCCCACCUCUCCCUGCUGCUGCUGCUGCUGGCCUGCCAGCCAGAGACCCCCUCCGCUCAGGUGAUGGAUUUCCUGUUUGAGAAGUGGAAACUCUAUGGUGACCAGUGUCUCCACAACCUGAGCCUGCUGCCCCCGCCGACUGAGCUGGUCUGUAACAGAACCUUUGACAAAUAUUCCUGCUGGCCGGAUGCCCCUCCCAACACCACGGCCAACAUCUCCUGCCCCUGGUACCUGCCCUGGUACCACAAAGUGCAGCACCGCCUCGUCUUCAAGAGGUGCGGGCCCGAUGGGCAGUGGGUGCGUGGGCCUCGGGGGCAGCCGUGGCGAGAUGCCUCCCAGUGCCAGAUGGACGACGAGGAGCUUGAAGUCCAGAAGGAGGUAGCCAAGAUGUACAGCAGUUUCCAGGUGAUGUACACGGUGGGCUACUCCCUGUCCCUGGGGGCCCUGCUCCUGGCCCUCGCCACCCUGUUGGGCCUCAGUAAGCUGCACUGCACCCGCAACUACAUCCACAUGAACCUGUUCGUGUCCUUCAUGCUCAAGGCCAGCUCCGUGCUGGUCAUCGACACGCUGCUCAAGACGCGCUACAGCCAGAGGAUCGGGGACGACAUCAGCGUGAGCGUCUGGCUGAGUGAUGGGGCAGUGGCCGGCUGCCGGGUGGCCACGGUGUUCAUGCAGUAUGGCGUAGUGGCCAACUACUGCUGGCUGCUGGUGGAGGGCGUGUACCUGCACAGCCUGCUGAGCCUCGCCACCGUCCCCGAGAGGAGCUGCUUCCCCCUCUACCUGGGCAUCGGCUGGGGUGCCCCCAUGCUGUUCGUCAUCCCCUGGGCCGUGGUGAAGUGUCUGUUUGAGAACAUCCAGUGUUGGACUAGCAAUGACAACAUGGCCUUCUGGUGGAUUCUGCGCUUCCCUGUCUUCCUGGCCAUCGUGAUCAACUUCUUCAUCUUCAUCCGUAUCCUUCACCUCUUGGUGGCCAAGCUGCGAGCCCACCAGAUGCGUUAUACUGACUACAAAUUCCGGCUGGCCAAGUCCACACUGACCCUCAUCCCCCUGCUGGGAGUCCACGAGGUGGUGUUCGCCUUUGUGACCGAUGAGCACGCCCAGGGCACCCUGCGCUCCGCCAAGCUCUUCUUCGACCUCUUCCUCAGCUCCUUCCAGGGUCUGCUGGUGGCCAUUCUCUACUGUUUCCUCAACAAGGAGGUGCAGUCAGAGCUGCUGCGGCGCUGGCAUCGCUGGCGUGAGGGCAAAGCACUGCAGGAGGAGCGCCACGCUGGCAGCCACACAACCAGGCCCCUCAGGGGCCCCCCCAGUGAGAAGCUGCUGCUUGCAAGGGGCAGUGGCAGCAAUGGGACUAGCCAGGACCCCUCUACCGAGACCCGCUUGGCUGGUGGCCUUCCUGGAUCGGCCGAAAACCCCCAGUGAAGCCCCCAGAACUCCAGCUGGGGCUGGACUCAGAGGCCCAGAGAGGCCAUCACCAGAAAUCUGGAACUGAUGUCCAACAGAGGCUAGAGUGUGGAAGCAAGACAGCACCCCUGUCCACACAUUCCCCAGUGUCGUGGUUUGAGGGGCACCUGCUCUAUGCCCAGGGGUGGGGGAUGGCGUGCGGUGGGAAAGCUGUUCUGCGAACAUGGGCCCCUUUGUCAUCCUGGGUGUCAGCAUGCCCAUGUUCAAGGAAAUGUGUCCUCCAACAAUAAAGAGCUCUGUGUACA